CCGGGGCCCGCCACGAUGCCCCGGCGGAAGCAGAGCCACCCGCAGCCGGUGAAGGGUGAGUGCGCGGCGGGCCCGGGGGGCGGCGGCGGCGGCCCGGCGGGGACCCGCGGCGCUCGGAGCGCUGCAGCGGACGCCGAGGAUGGCACCGAGGAGACGGCAAGAGCGGCGGUGGUGCUGCCCGGGGACCUGCUGCUGGGCCGUGGCCCGGCCUCCGAGAAGGGACCGCCAGCAGACACCCUGGUGGGGAAGAUCGCCAUCCCAGCGUACGCCCUGAGCGACGACGACUGCUCGUCUGGGUACCAGCAGCUGAGCGUGGAGAGCGACCCCGAGGAGGGUGGCGAGCCGGGCCCCGCGGCGCUGCCCUGCCGCCAGUGCGGGCUGCAGCUGGCCGCCAGCCUGGGCCAGAGCUGCCUGCAGUGCGCCGGCGCCGAGGGCGGCCGCGGCCAGCGCAUCGUCUACUCCUGCCAGCUCUGCCCCUUCGCCUCGCACUACUCCAGCCACCUCAAGCGCCACAUGAAGACGCACAACGGGGAGAAGCCCUUCGCAUGCCCGCAGUGCGCCUACGCCUCCGCCCAGCUGGUGAACCUGACGCGGCACCUGCGCACGCACACCGGCGAGAAGCCGUACCGCUGCACGGGCUGCAGCUUCGCCUGCAGCAGCCUGGGCAACCUCAAACGCCACGAGCGCGUCCACAGCCAGGACAAGCCCUUCCAGUGCGCCGCCUGCGACUACCGCUGCAACCAGAGCCGCAACCUGAAGCGGCACAUGCUCAGCCACCGCCUGCCCGAGGGCGAGGCGCCACACCGGCGGGACAAGGACCCAGAGCCGCUGCUGCCAGAGCUGAGCCUGCACGUGGGCAGCGGCAGCGGCCCCUUCCUGCCCGGCUGUGCCCGGCUGCGGGGCGAGGAGGCGGCCGCGCUGCCUGAGCUGCUCUUCCCCUUCACGUGCCGCAUGUGCGGGCUGGUGCUAGACGACGGCUUCGCGCAGGACGAGGGCCUGGCCGAGCAGGUGUGCGGGCGCUGCAGCCUGGCGGUGCUGGGCACCGAGCCGGGUGCCAGCCCCCGCAAGGGCGCCGGGGACAAGGGCUUCGCCUGCAGCCUGUGCCCCUUCGUCACGCACUACCCCAACCACCUGGCGCGGCACAUGAAGACGCACAGCGGGGAGAAGCCCUUCGCCUGCCCGCUCUGCCCCUACGCCUCCGCCCACCUGGACAACCUGAAGCGGCACCAGCGCGUGCACACGGGCGAGAAGCCCUACAAGUGCCAGCUCUGCGACUACGCCUGCGGCAACCUGGCCAACCUCAAGCGUCACGGGCGCAUCCACUCAGGCGACAAGCCCUUCCAGUGCAGCCUCUGCAGCUACAGCUGCAACCAGAGCAUGAACCUGAAGCGGCACAUGCUGCGGCACACGGGCGAGAAGCCCUUCCAGUGCCGGGACUGCUCCUACACCACCGGGCACUGGGACAACUACAAGCGCCACCAGAAGAUCCACGGCCACACGGCCGAGAGCUGGGUGAACCCGCGCAAUGCCAAAGCCCUCCUGGCCCCCCCAGCCGUGGGCACGGCCCUGCCCUGAGACAGCACUUAGCCCGGCGGGGGCCUGGGGUGCCUGCCCUCCCUGGGGGAGGGAGGACAGGCAGGCACCUCCGGGGGGCUCAGGGCUGCCCUACAGCAGGCCCGGAGGCACACUGGGCCUCGGCAGCCCCGUCCUGCCUGGGCAGGGUGAAGUGACGACCGGCGGCUCUGAGCCCUGCCCGUGUGGCAGCACGGCCACAUCCCCAGCUGCCUGAUUCUGCCUGCCGGAGCCUUCCUCUGCCAGCGUUUGGGGACAAGGGGGGAGGGGGGAACAGGACUGGUUCCAUGGCGGUCCCCGUGCUGGUCGGUGUAAUUUAUAUUGUGUAUAAAAGCAUUAAACAGUCGGUUUUGUUAUCUGCUCU